UCAGACGAGUGUCUCCUCAGUCCCGUUAGAUCCCACUUCGAUCACCACGAGUCAUCUCGUCGACCCAUAUCCCCUGGUGGCUUCCCUAACCCCCUUCCACCGAGUUAGAGGCCAGUAGCGAGGAAGUAAACGAAGAUGCGCACCAAUCUGUUCACGAGUCUUCUAACCCUAAUCCCGAUGCUGGGUAACUUAGCAUUGGGAUAUGAAGUUCAGACUCCUCCACUCGACACUGAUUGGACUUACUCGGUAGGAACUGAUCCUUGGCCGGAGUAUCCGCGACCGCAACUACAGCGGUCUCAAUGGCAAAGCUUAAACGGAAUCUGGAAGUGGAAGACGGCGUCGUACCCAGGCGAAGCCUUACCGGAAAGCCACAGCUUCCAGCAGGACAUAAUGGUACCGUCGUGCAUUGAAAGCGCGCUUUCAGGCGUAAUGAAGAUGAACCAGACCUAUUCGUGGUAUUCGACCGGAUUCCAUGUUCCUCACGGAUAUGUGCAGAAUGGUCACAGGGUCUUGCUGAACUUCGAAGCCGUGGAUCAUCAGGCGACUGUCUACGUCAACGGAGAGCUCGUCGGGACGCAUACGGGCGGGUACUGGCAUUUCAACUUCGACAUUACAAAAUAUCUCACAUCCAACGGCGAAAACACUCUUCACGUUUUCGUAUUCGAUCCCACAGAUGCCCAAGGUUAUAUGAACCCUGUUGGAAAACAGACUCGUACACCUUCGCACAUCUUCUACACGCCCUGCACGGGCAUCUGGCAGACAGUUUGGCUCGAGUCGGUCCCCGAAUCGCACAUCACCCAACUUGACGUUGUCGCAGAUAUGUCUGGACAAGUCAAUGUUACCGUUGGGACGUCCUGCAAAGGUUCUGACCCUGUUGUCAUCUCCGUAAUCGACAGCGACGGCAAGGUUGUGGGUUCUGGUAAGGGCAUCGCGAACCAGGCGUUUGAUUUCGUCGUAAAAUCACCAGACCUAUGGUCCCCGGAUUCGCCAACGCUCUAUAACCUUACCGUCAAAUUAGGAGACGAUAUUGUGAAUUCUUAUACAGGAUUUCGAACAUUCUCUAUUGGUGAGGUGGAAGGUGUGAAGCGUCCGCUGAUUAACGGUGAAUUUAUCUUCCAAUUCGGCACACUCGACCAGGGUUUCUGGCCUGAUGGCAUUUACACCCCACCUAACCGGGAGGCUAUGGUCUACGAUCUGAAGGUUUUAAAGGAUUUAGGGCUCAAUAUGCUUCGAAAGCACAUUAAAGUAGAAAAUGCUCUCUUCUACCAGGCCUGCGACCAACUGGGGUUGUUGCUCAUUCAGGAUAUGCCGUCUAUGCCUCUGCGAAAGCCUGACGCCGAUCAGCAAGCUGACUGGGAACGUCAGCUGGACAUUCUCGUCAAGCAACACAGGAAUUAUCCAAGUAUUUAUACCUGGGUUAUUUAUAAUGAAGGAUGGGGUCAAAUUUCCGAUGACUAUUACCCCGAAUUCAAUAUCACCACCCGUGUCAAAGAGUUGGAUCCCACAAGAUUUGUCGACGCCACGACGGGAUGGAAUGAUCAUGGAGCCGGCGAUUGGCAUGACAACCACCACUACGCAAACCCACAAUGUGGAACCCCGUUCUAUUCCAUUGCUUCUACUCCUUACGACAACCAGCGAAUUGCCAUCCAAGGCGAGUUUGGUGGGAUAGGCCACAACGUUUCCGCGGACCACCUGUGGAAAGUAAAAGAUGCUUUCCUUUCGAUCAAUCAGACUUACGAAAUCGACCUAGAUCUCGAUGCCUACAACUAUCGCGGUCAUCUCUUGCUGAGCGAGCUGCGCGAUCAGAUCGAAAGAUACGCUUGCUCGGCCGCCGUGUGGACCCAAACUACAGAUGUUGAGGGAGAAGUCAAUGGGUUCCUCACUUACGAUCGCCGAAUACAGCGCACUGACAAAAAUCAGUGGCGGUCGGAUAUCGAAGCCCUCUACGACGCAGCUGCAACUAGGGGUGGCAAGGCACCAAAAAGGAGAAUGGCCUUGUAAAUACGGGUGUAUAG